AUGGUCAAUGACGGACUAUCAUUGUCGUCUUAUUCCCAUUCAAGUAUCAUGAUUGCUGCAGCAGCUACUUCCUCAAUAGAAGCAGCCAUGUUCGUGAACUGUGGUUCGAAAACAUUUCGAAUAUUGCCGUUGUACAACAACCUGAAACCUGUGGAAGUUCCAGCGAAGGAACUGAAUGUCGCCAGUAGAAUAGAAUGUUCUACAAAGUGUUAUCAUGCAGGUGCAUGCACGGGGUUUUUCUUCCACACGGUUGAUGGCUUAUGUUCUCUGUACAAGGCAAGAUUCCAUUCAAUGUCAUUUGUGAAAAAAACGGAAACACAAGCAUACGAACAUGUGCUUGGUGUUCCAUCUGACUGCUAUGACGUCAUGAUGCAAGGAGGUGAUACUAGUGGACUUUACACUGUUGUACCAGGUGACAAUGGAUCACCAAUCAGUGUAUACUGUGAACUAUCGUCCACUGAUGGAGGUUGGCUGGUUAUCCAAAGACGGACAGAUGGAUCGGAAGAUUUCUACAGAACUUGGAAUGAAUACAGAGACGGAUUUGGAGAUUUGAGUAACGAGUUCUGGUUAGGAAACACAAAUAUUCACCGCAUAACCAGCCAAGGUCCGUAUGAUCUGAGAAUUGACUUGGAAGACCGUGACGGAAAUGCAACCUACGCUCUGUACAAAAACUUCUCCGUGGCUUCCGAGCAAGACUUCUUCAAACUGAGACUUGGGGCGUUUAGCGGCGAUGCUGGUGACGGCCUGACUUACCACAAAGGAUACAACUUCUCCGCUAAAGACAAUGAUUUGGAUAGUUCAAGCAAGGCCUGCUCCCGCGAGUUCACAGGGGCCUGGUGGUACAACAGCUGCCACGAGUCUAACCUGAAUGGACUCUACCUAGCGCCAGGAUACGCUUCUUCUAGUCUGAGCUGGAGCAAUCGAGGAACGUCCUUUUUCCAUCUGCGUAGAGCAUCUAUGAAGAUUAGACCCAUGCAGUUCUGAAACUUGGCCACAUACCACAAUUGCUUACGUUAUGUGCUUCUGUAUAGCG